UUUAGUAUGUUUUCACGUGCGGUACGCUUCGGAACGCGGUGUUUGGAAAAGUCUACUUGUUACGUGUCGAGUAUACGGUUGAUUUCGGCGAUACAAAGGAAACUGUGCGUUUGUGACUUCGUUGUUUGCGGAUGAAUCGGCAGGUCGAGCGAGGGAGUAACAGAUGCCAGGCCUACCUGCUGCAGAAAUAACUGCGCCGGUGUGUGUACGUGAGUCUAUGCUGUGUUGUUGAUUUAGCGUACCGUUUUUGCGCCUUCUCGUGGCUCAAUGUUCUUUCUCUGAUUGAAUAGAUUUACCGGGUCAGGUGGAUAAAACGUGCUUAACGCAUUCGAGUUAAAGUCGUGAUUUUACAUCAAAUAUUGAAGCAUGCAAACCUACGGCAUUGUCGGUGUGAUAAUUAUCGAGAAGAGAUUUUUUGUGUCGUGAUUAUGUUAAACGUUUGCUUGAAGUGGUUUGUGAAAACGUGAUUCGGAAGCUCUAAACAUCUAAUUAUAUUGGGAAAACGUUGGCGAUGAAAACCCAAAUAUCUAAAUGCUACUUGCAGUAAGGGCACACUUUUUUCCAUUUUCAAUUGUGGUUUCAUAGCCGAUAAGUGAAACAAGUGAUCGGGUGAAUGCGAACUGACAUGGGUCGUAAUUCCUCGACCGCGUCAAUGAGAUAGUGAGAUAAUGAAUAUUGAUCCAACAGAAAGCGGACUGAAUUUUGAUUGGCAUCAGAAAAAGCUAACUUUUUACUGAAUUCGUGAGGAGAGAAAUUUCUCGUGGGGUCAAGAAAGCGCUCUGAAUGACAAUCCCGAAGCUGUUGAAGACCAGCAUCCUUACGGCUUUACUCGAACAGUCGCAGGUGCAAGUACUAUCACAGUCAGGCGAGCUCUGGGAUACUCUGCUGAGGUGCCACACAAGAGGGAAUGAAUGAUUCACCAUCGUCUGCCUAUGAGCGAAUUCCACCGAUAUUGAUUUUCCCCCAUCCCUGACACUCGGCAGCAUCCCAUCGACAAAACCAGACAGCUCUGUCAUCUGGUUUCCCUAGUUCAAGCAGCAGGGAAGCUUUCGUCAUUGAACUGUCGCGUCGCCACACCAGCAACGGACGUGACCAAGUGGCUUCAGUGGGCUUCCAGACGAGUCGCGAGGAUCAGCCAGCCCGUGGCGGGGAUUAUCGAUUUUUUGUUUGUUUUGAGGCCGUUUUCGCAUGUGGGCGCGUUUGGUGCUGUUGAAGAAAGUAAGAGAAGAAAGAAGGAAAACAGCGAUACAAAUCUAACGAUAGUGGAAGCACAUUCGCGUGUUAUAGCACAGGAAAAAAUUCCGACGGGAGAAGAGAAGCGGCAGUAAAACGAAAAUCGAAAGUGAAAUCUCCAUAAAAAGUAAGAAAUAUUAAUGGAUGUAUACGGUAUACGUGCGUAGAGGAAAGGUCAAUCGGAGAAGAAGUGAAGUGGAAAGUGUGUCAUUGAUCGAUCACAUUCACGGAUAGCAAUAAGAAGCCAGUGGAGUAAACAGCUUUCGGUAGUAGUACUGUUUUUGGAAGUGGCUUUAAGAUUUAUGCUGUGACGAAGUGUUUCUGUGUAUGGCCAUACGGUCGAAUGCUGUUACCUCUGCCGAUCAAAUUGAGUCGAAAUAAGAGAGGUGAAACAGGGCUAGGCCGACGAAAGGAGUAAUUGAUACGAAGGUGACUGAAGCAGUCGAAGCAAACGCAGCUUUGACAAUGUGUAUUUUUUUUGCUCUAUGAAACUGGAAUUCGGUCAUGUUAAAUACAGGUAUAAAAGAAAAUUAAAAAUAUAGAAAGCUCAGGUCAGGCAAAGAAAGUAGAAGUGCGGGGUGAAGGACACGAAAAAAACAAAGCAAAUACAACACUCGUUAACAUUUGAUUCGAAGAAAGUUCACAAGUCGUCAACAUGAUGCGGAGACGGGUACCGAAUAAAUUUAGCAACAUCAACUAUCCCAGCCGGGUGGAAGGAUGGUUGGAUUUCUGUGAAACCGAAGGACAAUCCACACGCUCCGCAAACCUGCCAUGGGGACCCCUAUACUGCGUCCUACAGCAAGACGAGCAAACCCUCACAUCCUACUGCAGUGAAGAGCUUUCGAUUUUUCCACUAACAACGAAAAAAGAUGUAAAGCUAACGGACAUUCUGUUCGCCGAACUGCCGCGUGUGCGGCUUGAUCACCCACCAAAGCAUCAGAUGAAAACCAUCUGGGAAACGCGUCAUCCGACGCUGCAGGAGGAACCGGAGGAGGAGCACGAGCAGUUCAUCCAGCACAACACGACGCUACGAAGCUCAACAGACACAUCCUACGAGAAAGCAUGUCGAAGAGGAUCGGCCCCAAGCACCCCGGUUCUAGGUCAAAAGUCAGAGUCCACCUCGCGGUUCACAAACUUCUUCUCGAAACGUUCCUUCCGAUCGAACCCGCUGAAGCGAACAAAAUCCGUCACCAAACUGGAGCGAUCGAAGCGCGGUCAGGGUGGCCUACGGGGUUCUCGAUCGCAUGAAAGCCUCCUCUCAAAUCAUGCUGUGAUGUCUACCAUUGAUCUGUCCUGUAUCGGGGCAAUCGGAGUGGUUCCGGUUCAUGCUUCAGUCCUCGGUAGGCGGCACUGUUUUCAAGUGCGCGGUGGGCCCCGAGGCGAGCGGUACUACAGCUGCGGUUCCCGCCAGGAGCGAGAUCUUUGGAUCUACAGUUUGCGAAAAUCGAUCGCCCCGAAUGCUGAAAACACCCGGCGGAUGGACAACUCACUGAAGAUGUGGGUUUAUGAAGCCAAAGCACUGCCACCGAAGAAAAAGUACUUUUGCGAAAUUAACCUGGAUAAGACGCUGUACGGUCGAACGUCGGUAAAACUGCGCUCGGAGUUGCUCUUCUGGGGUGAAUAUUUCGAUUUCCCCGACGUCCCCGAUUUAAACGUGAUAACUGUAAACGUGUACCGAGAAGGUGAGAAAAAGAAAAAGCGGGAUAAGCAUGCCCUUGUGGGGUCCGUCAAGAUACCAAUUCACGAGGUGACCUCGAGAACCUUCUCCGAGGAUUGGUACACGAUCAUUGCGGAGAAACACGAUAGUAUCAGCAAAAACUCCUCCAAAGAACCUAUGCCUACUCUAAGAAUAAAAUGUCGCUUCCAGAGCAUAGACAUUCUCCCGAUCAGCGUCUACCAGGAGUUCCUUGACUAUUUGAAGGGAAACUACAAAAAAGUUUGUGAAAUUCUAGAACCGGUGAUCGGCGUUAAAGCGAAAGAAGAUAUCGGACAAGCGUUGGUGUUGUUAAUGCACGCACAGGGAAUCGCUGCUGCAUUUCUUACGGACGUUGUCGCAUUAGACCUACUCCGAGUCGGCGAUCAACGGCUAACCUUCCGCGGGAAUUCACUUGCUACCAAGAGUAUGGAGGCUUUUCUUAAGCUGACCGGGGAACAGUACCUGCAGGAUACUCUUUCUUCCCCUAUAUCGGAAAUUAUUUCAUCGGAUCGUGAUUGCGAAGUUGAUCCUUUGAAGGCAACUAGUUCGCUAUCUCGACAGCAGCAGGCACUCAGAAAUGCGGUCAAAAUUGCUUGGAGCAGCAUUGUAGACAGUGGCAAAAACUUUCCUGUUCAGCUUAGGGAUUGCUUCUCGACAUUCCGCGAGCGACUUCAGAUGCUCGACCGUGAAGACAUGGCCGACAACCUGAUUAGUGCCUCGAUCUUUCUGCGUUUCCUUUGCCCAGCAAUCCUCUCACCAAGUCUGUUCAACAUCACCAACGAGCUUCCGUCUGCCAGAGCAACCCGUAAUCUCACAUUGGUUGCCAAGACUCUUCAAACACUAGCCAACUUCACCCGCUUCCAAGGCAAGGAAAACUUUAUGGAAUUCCUUAACGACUUCCUAGAGCAGGAAGCACCUCGAAUGAAACAAUUCCUACACAGUAUUUCCACUCGACCCGAGAACCCAAUGCAAGAAAGUAUCCUUGACUGGGCCGGGUAUAUUGAUCAAGGAAAGCAACUGUCCAUCCUGCAUACGCUUCUCGCCGAAAGUAUCCAGAAGCUACCCACCUCGAAGCAGAUCGAACUACAUCCGCUACCAGCGAUUCUGGAAUCAAUUACCAUCGCCAAGGACACUAACAAUUUCAUCACCACUCAACAGCAGUGUCCUCAACCUCAGCCUCAUCCGAACCAGGAAAACCAAAGCCAAUCGAACGCACCGAUCAAACCAACCUCCGAACGUGGAAUCAUUCGUGGCGUCUUGACUCCGACCUCGCUGGAAAAGAACAUUUUCCGUUAUAAUGAUCCAACAGUGCGACCACUGCUUAAUCAGAACCAAAGUUCCAACUCUCUACAGCACUCACACUCUACUUCCAGUAUUAAUUCAGCCACCAAUCUGCAUGUGGUCACCACAGCUGUUCAACAUCACAACGUUUCGAGUACAAACAAUUCUAAUGAGAACAAGUAUCAGUACCCGAUCGGUAGCAUGCGCACUUACGGAACCAGUACUCAUUACUACAACAAUUCAAACAACAUUGGCAGCUUGAAAAGUGAGAAAGAAAAGAGUCCCAUUCUAAACUGUAGUAUCCGUGCAAGUACACUUCCAAGAAACAACGGUGUGACGGUAAGCAACAACAACAUCACCAACGAUGUAGACGAUCACACUAAUGGGAACAACUUGAUCCAGAUCGGUUUCGACUCAAGCAAUCCGUUCAAUCGCAAGAGUCCUACGCCUUUGCUAAAGUCUUCGGUACACAUAAAUGGAAGCCGAAGUCGAAAUCUGAACGGCUCGCAGCUCAGUUUGCUCUCGGAUCUAGGAAAGAAUGCUCUAAGUCUAGGAAUUCCUCACAGCGAAAUGAUAACGAGUAGCACUCCUACGCCAGCGACCGCAUCGAAUCCUUCAAAUAUGCCGAUGAGUUUAGAUGAUUUGGAAGACCUUUUCAACUACGCCGACGAACAGAACGUGGCGGAAGCUCAGAAAGGCAAAGAGCAACUGAUCGGCAAGGGAAGCAAUAUUUCGAUUGGCCAAAUCUCCAAUAUCUGCAGUUCCGGAUACCAAAGCAUCACAACCCAAUCACAAAGCUCCAGUCCGAUAGAACUGGGACAGCAGCAAAUUGAAUACGUGACGAAUAAGGUUCCACCACCACGGAAGACAGUUAGCAAACAAUACGGAUACAUCAACCAGCGGUACACUUCAGCGGCCAACAAUGGAAACAUUGUCAGCUUGAACUGCUCCAAUAACAAUAAUAAUAACAAUGAUCAUGACGGUUCAUAUCCACCGCUGACCUACAAAAAUCCUCUUUACCAUCACGGUACGAAUGCCAACCAUGGAAACGCUUACAAUAACAACCUGAUCAUAGGGAGCAAUGCUGCUGGUGGAAGCAGUGUCCUUAUCAGCGGAAGUAACGCAUACAAAAGUCACCUGAGUACGAUUGGAAGUGGUGUGAAUUUGCACACCUCGAGUAGUGAUGAACGGUUGAGCAACCAUGAUAACUACCGGGAUCUGGAAUCACUGAACGCUGGUAAUGGAAAUGCGUUCGAUGGAUUUGGGGGACUUCAUGGUCGACGACUUGGUAGCAGUCGAAUGCCACGAACGAAUCCAUUGAUGCAGUACAAACGCGAAGAACCGCUGGAGAUGCAGCCAAUCAAUAGUUAUAAUGGUGGAAACAGCAGUCGGGAUCAUCAUCACCACAGCAAUAAUAACAACAACAAUAACAGCAGCAGUAGCGCAGGAAACAAUCGUUACCAGCGCCGAAUGAGUAUUGAUUCCGGUCGAACGCUUUCUGAUAGUUCAACUGAUACGGAAAGUGGUUCCAAACAACACCCCACUUCGGGCGCUUAUAACAGUCAUUUAGCUCUCGUCAGUGGCCUUGGUAGCCAUUUGGAGAGUAAACGACGCCAUCAUCGUACUAGUACCAGCAAAUCUGUCGAACAGUGUGAGCGGGAAAUACAAAGACUGCAGGCUUCAGUGGAUGAGCUACGUCAGAAACUGGAAGAGUCUGAACUGAAGGAGGUCACAGAAGAUCUGGAGGCGAUUUCACAUCACAGUGAUACUAAAAUACGAAGCAUCAUUGGGCGUCUCCUAGCAAUGGAGGAGGAACUUCGGCGGGAGCAAUACAAGAUGUCGCUGGUUCUGACACACAAGCAGCGAGUGAUCGAAGCCCAGGGUCAACAGAUUGCCGCCUUGGACGCGGCCAACAAUCGACUACUGACGGCUUUGUCCAGUCUUCGGAACCGGUACGAGAAUCAGUCGAACCAAAGUGACACCAGCUCUCCACAACCCAACGCCAGUGCAUCGUCCUGUUAAAAGCUUUAUCCCUGCCCGCGACAAAAUGUAGGAGGACGGCAAACAGCUCUCUUGUUGGAAGAAAAUUCCAUGCGGCUUGAUUCGCUCGAACGAGAAACGAAACGAGCAUAGCAAAGAACAAAUCAUAAUUCGUUCAUUUCUUUUUUGUAAAUAGUGGUAACACAUAAAUCUUUGAAUUAUACUUAUGUGUAGGAUUUUAAAUUAUUUAUUGUACACUAUGCACCCUUAAAGAUUUUAAGCAAUGAUAAUUGAAUAUCAUGACUAGUUUUAUUUGUUUUUAUUUUUCGUUGAGUGAAGCACAAAACAAUUCACAGAUGAAGUCGAAACCAGGUUUAUAAACCACUUUUGCAGACACUUGUAAUUGAACGACCACAAAUAUGCAUGUCGACUGAUCAAUCAAUUUAUCUGACACCACUGACGGAAAGCAAUGUGACUGCCUCGGAUCAAGCGAUCGUCUUUUCUAAUACAAACCAGUAUUUAUCGUGUCUGACGGUCGCCCGCUCUGCCGUUUAGUUUCGCGCCACUUUACCAUACUCUCAAUAUAAAGAUGGUAAUAUUAUAAAGAAAAAAUUAAUUAAUCAAAUAUAACCAAAGAAUCAUUUCAUUAAUGAAUCCGAUCGUAAAUUUAUUUUCUGUUCAGAGACUUAGUUUUUAGUAGAAAUACCAUACGCGUCUGUAAUCGUGAGAAACGAUCCAGUCCCAAUAAAAAAUAUUUGCAUACAUAUGUAAUCUCCGUACGUGUAGAAAUUUACGAUUCCUUUUUUUUGGCGCAUUAAAUGGAUUUUUUCAAUCGUUUUUGUACGUACUUCAUGAAUCGUUUAUGUGUAAAAUUUUUGACUACUCAUAAUCACACCACACUAUUUGUAAAAGUUUUGCCCACAAUCAGGAAAUAUAUCAAAGGAAAACUUUGGAAAAGUAA